CAUUCACUUAGAAGCUCUUCAUUCCCAAAACCCACAACUUCCAUUCAUAGCUUCUUAGUACCGAACCAAGAAUGACAGUCUUACCAGCAAAUACACUUCCCAACCUGUUCGUUACAUCCCAAUGUCUUUUUGUCUUCUUCAUCGUCCUCGCUUUUGUCUCUCCUUUUGAUUCCACUGCUUUUUCUUCUUCUUCGCUUAAGAAAGAAGUUGGAGAAGAAGGAUUGGAAGCAGCGGCUCUCUUGGCAUGGAAAGCUAGCCUUGACAACCAAAGUCAAUCUCUCCUGUCCUCAUGGGUUGUCAGAAGCAACCACUGCAAUUGGAUUGGAAUUGGUUGCAAAAAGGCUGGCAGAGUCAUCACUCAUAUUGACCUUGAGAGUUAUGGCUUAAGAGGUACACUUACGAAUCUAAAUUUCUCAUCCCUCCCUCAUCUUCUCAGCUUUAAUCUUACAAACAACUCGGUUUAUGGAACCAUCCCCUCCCCCAUUGGUAGCCUUUGGAGACUCACCCAUCUGAGCUUGUCCGCCAACCGUCUCUCUGGCUCAAUCCCUGCUUCUAUAGGGAAUUUGGUCAACUUAACCAUACUGUACCUUUUCCAAAAUCAUCUGUCCGGGUCAAUUCCUGAAGAAGUUGGGAUGCUAAGGUCCCUCACUGAUCUCGGACUCAGUGCAAACAAUCUCACGGGUUCAAUCCCUGCUUCUCUAGGGAAUCUUGAAUUCCUUGAGUCUUUGGAUUUGUGCGGUAACCAACUUACUGGAUCUAUUCCCCCACACUUGAACAAUCUAACAGUUUUGAGAGUUUAUAGUGUGGAUGAUAACAUGUUCACAGGUCAUUUACCAGAAAACCUAUGCUUGAGUGGAUCACUUAAAAUUUUAACGGCCUCAUACAACAAUUUCAUCGGGCUCAUGCCCAAAAGCUUGAAAAAUUGUAGUAGCUUGCAUAGGGUGAGGCUUGAGGGGAAUCAAUUUUCUGGAAACAUAUCGGAAAAUUUUGGAGUAUACCCAAACUUGGAUUAUAUUGAUUUGAGCGACAACAAUUUCUAUGGAGAGCUCUCUCAAAAAUGGGGAAAAUACCAUAGGUUAACAAGUCUCAAAAUGUCGAACAACAAUAUUUCUGGAGGGUUACCACCUGAUUUGGUUUUGGCAACUCAACUAUCUCGAAUUGAUCUCUCUUCAAAUCAUCUAGUUGGAGAGAUCCCAAAGAAAUUUGGAAGUUUGGUUUCAUUGUUCUAUCUUAAGUUGAGUAAUAACCAACUAUCAGGUUACAUUCCUGUAGCACUGGGUCACCUUGGCAACUUAGAGACUCUAAAUUUUGCAGCAAAUAAACUAACUGGCUCAAUCCCUCGAGAGUUAGGGGACUGCAUGAAGCUAUUAAACUUGAGUUUGAGCAAUAAUAGACUUGGGGAAAACAUUCCUUUGGAACUAGGUCAACUCCAUAGCCUUCAAAGUCUUGAUUUGAGUGAUAACUUGUUAUUAGGUAAAAUACCAGAGCAAAUUGGAGCACUGCAAAUGUUAGAAACGCUAAAUCUCUCCCACAAUGAGCUCUCCGGUUUGAUACCAUCUUCUUUUGAUAACAUAUUAGCUCUUUCAUCAGUGGAUAUAUCCAACAAUCUACUGGAGGGCCCUCUUCCUCAUAUCAGAGCCAUUCAAGAGGCUCCAUUUGAGUCACUCCGAGGUAAUAAAGGUUUAUGUGGUAAUGCUACUGGUUUGAAGGCCUGCCAACUUCAUGGGGUUCCUAGAAAGAAGGAAAAGAAAGUGGCAUUACUAAUUGUACUUCCUAUUUUGGGGUUUCUACUUCUUUCUGUCACAGUUCUCGGAUUUUUCUUAUCUAUUUGUAAGAAAAUGAAGAGCACAACAAACGAGCCAAUACAAGUAAAUUCUCCAAAUUUGUUUUCAAUAUGGAGUUAUGAUGGAAAAAUGGUGUACGAAAACAUCAUUGAAGCAACUGAGAACUUCAAUGCCAAAUAUUGCGUUGGGGAAGGAGGAUGUGGUACUGUUUAUAGAGCUGCCCUGCCAAAUGGUCAAAUAGUUGCUGUGAAGAAACUUCACUCAUCAUCUAAUGGUGACUCGGUUAAUCAAAAGAGCUUUACGAGUGAGAUCAGUACAUUAACAGCGAUAAAGCACCAUAACAUCAUAAAGCUUCACGGGUUCUGUUCACAUCUAAGACACUCAUUUUUGGUCUACGAGUUCUUGCAAGGUGGGAGCUUGCAAAAGGUACUGGCCUUGAAGGAGGAAUUAGUAGAGCUGGAUUGGAACAAAAGAGUGGAUGUUGUUAAAGGUUUGGCAAAUGCUAUGUCUUAUAUGCACCACGAUUGUUCGCCACCAAUCAUCCAUCGAGACAUAUCAAGCAAAAAUGUUUUGUUUGAUUCUGAAUAUGUCCCUCACAUCUCUGAUUUUGGGGCUGCUAGAUUUAUAAAAUCUGACUCGGCGAAUUGGACUUCAUUUGCAGGAACCUUUGGAUAUGCCGCUCCAGAACUCGCAUAUACAAUGGAAGUGAACGAGAAGUGCGACGUUUACAGUUUUGGGGUGCUGACACUAGAAGUGAUUAUGGGCGAGCAUCCCGGUGAUCUCAUCUCGUCUCUAUCGUCAUCUUCGUCGUCAUCAAAAACUGGACAUGGAAUUUUAUUCAAGGAUGUGUUGGACCAGCGCCUGCCGCCUCCUACAAAUCAAGUGGCAGAACAAGUAGUGGUUGCUGCAAAAGUAGCAUUUGCAUGUUUGAAUGCUAGACCGCUUUCUCGGCCAACCAUGCAGCAAGUUGCUAGGACGAUGUCAAAUCCAAGGCCAUCUCUGCAAAAUCAGUUACACAUGAUUACAGUAGGAGAACUCGUUGGUGCCAACUGCUUCACUUCUUGAGUUUCCUUGGACUUUGACUCUUACGGGUUUUUGCUAUGACUGCAAUUUCACUUUUCUUUUGUAUGCUUUCUGCGAUCUUUUUU